AUGCAGAACGCGUUAGGGGAUACAUUGCUGUUAAACAAUAUACACAAUCUGCACCUAAUACCGGAUCCUUUAAAGAAAAACUUAGCCGAUUCAGUUAUAACAGGAACAAUGGAACAAAGAAAGGAGCCCGAUAAGUUCGAGAAACCCGCGCCGCGGCCCGAGACCGGGACCCUGGGCGGCAUUUCAAAUUUUAUUUCAGGAGUAUUCAACGUUAUGUCCGCGAUUUUCCAAAAACGGUCGCCCUCGCCCACAUCUCAAUACUACGAUUGUUUUGACACUUUAGACGACGGCCAGAUGUCACCGUCUCUAGCUUGGCUGCCUGCCAAGUUUGAGGUUCAAAAUAAAAAUUCUCCUGAGCCCAAUAACAUGGACACUAAGUCUGUAGUCACUAGAUGUGACAAUAAACCUAAUGAAGUACAUGUGUUCUUAAAUGGUAGCUUACCUUACUAUACUAAGGCACCCAAAACCAUUCAUGAGCAUGCUUCAGUUGAUGAAUCAUUUGAGGAUGCAUUUUGUCCAGAAAACAUAGUUAGAACAGCCAACGAUACACUUAUUAAUUUCUAUGGUGCAUGCAAGCAUGAGGAACCUAAAUUAUUUGAAGCAGAUGCACCUAUUGUUAAGACUGAACUUAAAGAAUCUAUGGAUAUUGUAAAGAAUUUACCUAGUGUUAGUGAGAAUGAAACUAAGACAUGUCAAACAGACUCAACUAAUGAGAAAAAGCAUGAAGUUGUGACAUCAUGUGAGGAUAAAAUUAACAAAAUCAAAGAGCUUUUACAAUCUAAACGUAGGAAUACCAAACCAAGCAAAGAAGGGAGUGCACCUAUUGAAAUAAAAGAAAUCAUACCUGAGUCAUUUGCUCAUGAAAUCAAUUCUAAUGAUUCCGAGACAGUUGAACACAGCUUUGAUGAAGUCAGAGGUAGAUUCUAUUCAUCAUCCACAGACAGCGAUGACUCCUUUCAAAUAGUUUUUACUGAUAGAAAGAGGAUACCCUCAGAUUGUGAAUCAGAGGACUCUUUUAUUGUGUUUGAAGAAACUCCUGAAUGUUACACAACAAAUGAAGUUUUUGGUUACGAUUCUGAUGAUGAGUGUGAUUCAGGAUAUUACAUGACAUGUCUGAAUCACUCACUAUCGAGGACUAUUGGCGAUCUAACUGAUGAUAGCUUGUAUAGUCAAGAUGUUGUGGAUUUUGCAAGAGAGACUGCAGAUUCAGGUGACACCGGUAUAGACACAGAAGAAACGGACACUCAGGAAGAGACCAGUUCUGGAUUGUUGCUGGAUGAGAAGAAAAAGAAGGAGAAAAAACUGAAGCCAGCAAAGAGGGUCCAUUUCUCCACCGAUCCACCGAAGGUCCACGUGAUGCGAGUGUGGGCCUUCGCGGCGCGACAAGCGCGGGCUGGACAUUGGGAACGACACGCACUGGACAGAGAACGGUUUAGACGGAGGAUAGCGGACGUCGAAAUGGCAAUAUCAUGGGUGCUAAAACCUCAACACAGAUCCCGUGUGAUGUUCCAACGUUUUAUGCCCUGGUGGAAUGCGCAGAAGCGAAAGGAAGCAGCCGAGAAAAAAGCUCUCGAAGAAAAACAAAAAGAAAUCGACGGAGAAAAGAAUAGGCUUAACAAAGAAGAAGAAUCACCUAAGAUAAAUAAAGCAAGUUUGAAGGAAAUUCAAUCUGAAGACAAAACUGAAGACAUUCAAGUAGAUUGUAAUAAUGUAGUUGAAGAUAUAACAGAACAAGUUGAUAAAGUUGAAAAAUCGUUAAAUAAAUUAAAAAUAAAAGAAAAGAAAGAUCUAACAUUCAGUGGGGAUGAAGAAGAUAAAGCGAGCGUUGAUAAUGGUAGUAAAGAAAUGUCUGAAGACAGAAAAAAAGAUAAUCUUAUACAAGUAAAAAAUAGAAAUGGUUGCGUGAAAAAUGUUGCACUAAAUCGUGCUAAGGGUAAAAAGUUAAAGAAAUCGAGUUCAGAUACCUGA